UUCUGGCGAGCACAGCUUCGGCAGAACGCUAGGCCUACCUUGCCUCGUCCUCAGGUCGCUCUGCUCAUUGUCUGCUCGGCGUCGGCAAAAGGGACAAGCGCGUCUCGUUCACUUCGUGUCGAGCUCGUUUCUCAAAAGUCUGACGUCAGCAUGCAGGCCAUCAGCGCUCUGCGGCGAUCCAUCGCCAGCCGCGUCGUGCCGGUCGCGCGGCUCGAUGGGCUGGCAGCCACGGCCUCGGCGCAGCGCCUCUUCUCGUCGUCCGCCCCCGGCGAGAUGACGGUGCGCGACGCCAUCAACUCGGCGCUGGACGAGGAGAUGGCUUCCGACCCUAAAGUGUUCAUCAUGGGCGAGGAGGUGGGCGAGUACCAGGGCGCGUACAAGAUCACCAAGGGGCUGCUGCAGAAGUACGGCCCCGACCGCGUGCUCGACACGCCCAUCACCGAGGCGGGCUUUGCGGGCAUUGGAGUGGGAGCGGCCAUGUAUGGCUUGAAGCCCGUCGUCGAGUUCAUGACCUUCAACUUCUCCAUGCAGGCGAUCGACCACAUAGUGAACAGCGCGGCGAAGGCGCACUACAUGUCGGCGGGGCAGAUCACGGCGCCCAUCGUCUUCCGCGGACCCAACGGCGCCGCUGCUGGCGUCGGCGCGCAGCACUCGCAGUGCUUCGCAUCGUGGUACGGGCACGUGCCCGGGCUGAAGGUGCUGGCGCCGUGGAGCGCGGAGGACGCGCGGGGCCUCAUGAAGGCCGCUAUCCGCGACCCCGACCCCGUCGUCGUGCUCGAGAACGAAAUCCUGUAUGGCGAGGCGUUCCCGGUGUCGGCCCAGGCGCUGGACCCCAACUUCACGGUGCCCAUCGGCAAGGCCAAGGUGGAGCGCGACGGCAAGGACGUCACCAUCGUCGCCUUCUCGCGCAUGGUCGGGCUGUCUCUUAAGGCGGCGGACGAGUUGGCCAAGGAGGGCAUUUCAGCUGAGGUGGUCAAUCUGCGCACGAUCCGGCCGUUGGAUCGCGACGCCAUCAACGCUUCGGUGCGCAAGACGUCGCGACUGGUCACCGUGGAGGAGGGGUGGCCGCAGUCGGGUGUCGGCUCCGAGAUCUGCGCCUCGGUGGUGGAGUCGUCCUUUGACUACCUCGAUGCGCCUGUGGAGCGCAUCUGCGGCUCCGAUGUGCCCAUGCCCUAUGCUGCCAACCUCGAGCGCCUUGCUCUGCCGCAGGUGGAGGACAUCGUGCGGGCAUGCAAGCGAGUGUGCUUCCGCUCUGCUGCACCCGUUGCUGCCACGGCUUAGGGGGCAAUGUGCAAUGGAGCCCUGUCAAACACACCAUACACCUCUUUCUGUAGUUAGGCUUUGUUACACCAUAGCCAGUGUAAGGCAUACUGAUGCAUGGCUGUACAAGAGCAAUUUUAUUUGGGCUUAUAAAUCGUAUACCAUAAC